AUGGCCCACAUGCUGCAUGCGGCGGCCCGGCGGGUGCAGUGGAGCAGGGCGGGCGCCGCGAAGAGGGCUGCGUGCCUGCUGGCCGCGGCGUACGGGCUCAAAAUCCUCUACCCCAUCAUCCGCGGGCGUGUGAAGCGGGCGGGCGGCAGAGGCGGCGCGCAGGAUGAGAGGGGCCGGGCGGUCCCGCACCGCACCGACAGCCGGGGCAGAGCCUCCCCGGCCGUGGACGCUGAAUUCUUCAAGCAGCUGCUGGAACUCCGCAAACUGUUCUUCCCGAAGCUGGUGAGUGCCGAGCUGGGCUUGCUCUGUCUCCACUCGUUUGCUCUGGUGUCCAGGACCUUCCUCUCCAUCUAUGUGGCCGCCCUUGAUGGAAAAAUUGUGAAGAGCAUUGUGGAGAAAAAGCCCAGAAGCUUUGUCUUCAAGUUAAUCAAGUGGCUGAUGAUUGCAAUCCCAGCCACUUUCGUGAACAGCACCAUACGGUACCUGGAGUGCAAGCUGGCCCUCGCCUUCCGCACGCGCCUGGUGGAUCACGCCUAUGAGACCUACUUUGCCAACCAAACUUACUACAAAGUGAUCAGCAUGGACGGGCGGCUGGCCAACCCUGACCAGUCCCUCACCGAGGACAUCAUGAUGUUCUCGCAGUCCGUGGCGCAUCUCUACUCCAACCUCACCAAGCCCAUCCUGGAUGUUGUGCUCACCUCCUACACCCUUAUCCGCACAGCACGGUCCCGGGGGGCCAACCCCAUCGGGCCCACAGUCCUGGCUGGCCUCGUCGUCUAUGCCACGGCCCGAGUGCUCAAAGCCUGCUCGCCCAAGUUUGGCAAACUAGUGGCUGAGGAGGCUCACAAGAAGGGCUAUCUGCGCUUCAUACAUUCACGUAUCAUUGCCAACGUGGAAGAGAUUGCCUUUUACCGAGGGCACAAGGUAGAAUUGAAACAACUGCAAAAAAGCUACAAGGAUUUGACAGAUCAAAUGAAUCUCAUUUUGUCCAAACGUUUAUGGUACAUCAUGAUAGAGCAGUUCCUGAUGAAGUAUGUAUGGAGUAGCUGUGGUAUGAUCAUGGUUGCUGUGCCCAUCAUCACUGCUACAGGAUUUGCAGAUGGCGAGUUGGAAGAUGGCCAGAAACAGGCAAUGGUUAGUGAAAGAACAGAAGCUUUUACUACAUCACGAAACUUGCUGAUCUCUGGAGCAGAUGCUAUUGAAAGAAUUAUGUCUUCAUACAAAGAGGUCACUGAGCUAGCAGGCUACACCGCCCGUGUCUACAAUAUGUUUUCAGUCUUUGAUGAGGUGAAGAGAGGCAUCUACAAAAGAACUGCUGUUAUUCAAGCAUCUUUAAACAACAGCAGGAGUGAAGAUAAAGCAGAGUUACACAUUGAUGGGCCUUUAGAAAUCAAAGGGAAAGUAAUUGAUGUUGAUCAAGGAAUUAUUUGUGAAAAUGUUCCUAUAAUUACUCCGAAUGGCGAUGUGGUGGUUUCCAGACUAAACUUCAAAGUUGAGGAGGGGAUGAAUCUUUUAAUCACUGGACCCAAUGGCUGUGGAAAGAGUUCACUCUUCAGAAUUUUAAGUGGUCUGUGGCCUGUGUAUGAAGGAGUUCUCUAUAAGCCCCCUCCACAACACAUGUUUUAUAUACCACAAAGGCCCUACAUGUCCAUUGGAACACUACGAGAUCAAGUCAUCUAUCCAGACUCAGUGGAAGACAUGCAUGAGAAGGGCUACCAAGAUCAAGAUCUAGAGUCUAUUCUGCAUAUGGUUCAUCUGUACCACAUAGUUCAAAGAGAAGGAGGCUGGGAUGCCAUCAUGGAUUGGAAAGAUGUCUUAUCAGGAGGAGAAAAACAAAGGAUGGGCAUGGCCCGGAUGUUUUACCACAAGCCGAAAUAUGCAUUGCUGGAUGAAUGUACGAGUGCUGUAAGCAUUGAUGUUGAAGGAAAGAUAUUCCAAGCUGCAAAAGCUGCUGGGAUAUCCCUGCUUUCCAUAACACACAGACCUUCUCUUUGGAAGUACCACACUCACUUGCUGCAGUUUGACGGACAAGGUGGCUGGCGUUUCGAGCAGUUGGACACCGCUAUCCGUUUAUCAUUGAGUGAGGAAAAACAGAGACUGGAAUCCCAGCUUGCAGGAAUUCCUAAAAUGCAGCAGAGACUGAAUGAACUGUGUAAAAUCCUGGGAGAAGAUUCAGUGCUUAAAACAAUGGACAAAGAGGAAUAAAUAAUUUAUGGUUUAUGUUUUUAAAAGUAUUUUUUUAGUUAAAAGCGUUACAAAUUCAGCCAUUAUCCUUUGCAUGCAUUGUGACAGAGGCUUAGAGCAUAACACAGCCAGCAGAAAAUAAUGCUCUGAAUGCUAUGUAAGACUUCAGUGUUUUAGUAUUAAGGAGGAAAGUGGUUGAACUGUGAAAAGAAAAUAAGCAAGUGCACAGACUAUAAGAUUAGUCAUUACAGCUUAUGUUAAUUCCUAGUGAAAGCCCAAUUCACUGCAAGAAACUACCAACAAACUUAGGGUUUUUUCGGUGAAUUUUUGCCUGAGACUCGGCCUGCAGAAUGUGCUCUUGUACCAGGUCACUGUGUGCGUAUGACAUGCCUGCUACGCAGAGCAACCGGGCAUGACACUCAGGCAUGGAGCACAGCAGGGGCAGUAUCUGGGUGAGUAUGCAGAUGCAUGCAAAAAUCACAUUUGGGUAUAAGAAACAUUCUCUCAGCCCAUGUAAAAUAAGACUUCUGUUCUACUACUGAAUAGUAUACAUGCCUUUACCUGCAUUUCCAUAGGAAAUAACGUAAUAGGCUGACUAGAAGACAACUGUCUGAGCAACCCACUGCCCUCAUUACAGAGAAACAGGGACAGAGCUAAACAUGUAAUGUACUUGUGCUUCAUGCCAUUACACAUAGCUUCAGAGGCUCUUUGCCCUUCAUGAUACAUCAGUUCCUUUGGGGGAUAAUUUAUGUCCCUUACUUGGUAACCUCAGGUGGUGUGGAUGGAGCACUGGGCCUGGCAUCAAGUGACUUAGUUUUCGCUUGACUAAAUCAUUCAUGUGCUUUAUGGGUCCAAUCCAGCUGGCAUCUAUAUCUGUGCCAGUUCCUCCAUUGGCAUAAUCACAAUAUAGACACUUGUUUGUUCCAUGAGACACUUUGUGAGAAGGACUGUAGGAGAAGGAAAUGGCAGUUUCUAACAAUAUGCUGAAUUCUCAGGCAUGGCAGUCCUGCCAAAUGAAAUGUUCAGCACUUAUAAAGGUCUGUGAAAAGUUAGAGCAUUUGGUAACCACUAAUGAAUAUACAUGCCAUAUUCUGGUGGAGUGGCUGAACAUUGCCCUCCCUGUGAAAAAAAUGCACUGGUAAACAGCCUUGCUUUCAGAUGCACUCACUGAUUGUCCCAUCAGCUUUUCAGUUCAGGUCCCCAGUCAGUCAGAAGGUGCUUUAACUGAACUGCCUGAGACUGUGCUGGCCUGAGUGCCUUGCUGAAUACAAAAGCUGGAGAAUUAGAAAUAAAGAUGUGAAUGUAUUUAAGA